AUGGAGAAUCUGUCAGUUGGAGUGCAGCUCCAAGCAAAGGCGGAAGACGGGAAGUACUACUUGGCAGAAGUGCUUCAAGUCUCCGCGAAGCGCCGAAAAGCGCCAGUGAAGGUAAAGUACUGCGGCUACGAUGGCGAGUUUUGGCUGCCGGAGAGUGAUCUUCGGUCAAAGCUGCUGCCCUCCAGUGGGAAGAAGGAAGCCGAGAAGAACGGUGAUGCCGACAAGGUGAACAUGGAGAAUCUGUCAGUUGGAGUGCAGCUCCAAGCAAAGGCGGAAGACGGGAAGUACUACUUGGCAGAAGUGCUUCACAUCUCCACGAAGCGCCGAAAAGCGCCAGUGAAGGUAAAGUACUGCGGCUACGAUGGCGAGUUUUGGCUGCCUGCGGCCGACCUUCGAUCCAAGCUGCUGCGUUCAAGCGGCCGGAAGCAAGUUGACAAGACUGCUAAGAUGGACAAGACGGACAAGGCCGUGUCCGACAUUGGCAUCAUCGGCAGCGGAGUGAUGGGCUCGAACUUGGGCCUGAACAUCGCUGAUAAAUUCCACGAUGGCCAGCCCUUUCAGGUGUCACUGUACGACCUCAGCCAGGAGCAGGUGCAGUCAGUACUGGCCGCGAAUGCAGCAUACAAGAACCUGCACGGCUUCGGUGGGAAGCACAAGCUCAAGGAUUUCGUCGCUUCACUGAAACCUCCCCGCAAGGCUAUCAUCCUAGUUCCAGCCGGUGCUGCCACGGAUGCAGUCAUUGAGGACUUGGCGGCCCUGUUCCGGAAGAACGAUAUCAUCAUCGAUGUCGGCAAUGCGAACUUUCGCGAUCAAAUCCGGAGGGCCGAGAGCUUGGAGAAGCGCGGCCUGCGUUUUCUUGGCAUGGGUGUCAGCGGCGGCGCGGAGGGUGCACGCAAGGGGCCGGCAUUUUUCCCAGGAGGAACAUUGAGUGUUUGGAAUGACGUGAAGCACAUCAUCGAGGCGCCACAACUGAGAGGAGUCACGAGCUUUCGCAUCCUGUGCAAUGUGACUGUGCUUGUGAUCUCCAUGUCGAACAAUCACGGCCUUAUUCAAUUCGACGCCCCUCAGCCCUGCGAGAAGUACGAUUGCUUGGCCGAGAAUCCGUUCACGGAAUACCGCAAAUCCUUGGAGCGGAUGACUGCCGUCGACGGACCUUUUCCUCUUGCAGAGGAGGAUGUGCAGCAUUAUGGUACCUCCCAGCGAUAUCGGUGCUGGCAGAAGGGGCCCAAUAGUAUAGUUCACCACACGCUCAGGGAGCUUUAUGGUGACUGCUUUGCCCGCUACUCCGACAAGGAGUUCUUGGUUUACGAAGGUGAGCGCUUCACCUUCAGCCAGGCGAUGGAAAUCUCAGUUGCUCUCUCCCGAGCGCUUCGACACAACUACGGCGUGCAGCGAGGAUCAUGCGUGGCGAUUGCGGGUCGCAACUUUCCAGAAUGGGUUUUCACCUUCGUGGCCGUUACCAGUCACCUUGGUGCUGUUGCUUUGCCGGUCAAUGCAUGGUGGACCGGCAACGAGCUCAAGUAUGGUUUGGAGGAUUCGCAGAGCUGCUUGCUUGUGGCUGACAUGGAGCGACUGGAGCGCGCUCCGUUCAUUUCCGGCAUGGGAAUCCCAGCCGUGUGCAUGCGUGCUGGAUCCACGGUGCCACCGCAUGGUGCUGAACGCUUUGAAGAGGUCGUCAUCGCGGGCCAGAAACUGCAACCACUGAACACUGCGGCCUUGACACAAGAUGAUCGAGCGAUGCUCAUGUACACCUCGGGAACGACCGGCAUGCCGAAGGGAGUAGUCUCCACGCACCGCAACAUCUGCUCAGCGCUGAACACAUUGCGAAUGUACUUCGUUCACGAGCAGCCAUUGCGGCAACUGGUCGUCAUUCUCGCUGUUCCGCUCUUUCAUGUGACCGGCUCUCACAUUGCAAUGCUGGCUGCGAUUUGCCGAGGGGACCGGCUCAUUCUCAUGUACAAAUGGAAUGCCACCCGAGCUUUGCAGCUCAUCCAAGAAGAGAAGGUCAACAGCAUCGUUGGGGUGCCGACGAACACCUACGAGCUGGUCAAUCAUCCUGACUUCAAGAAGUUCGAUACAUCAUCGAUGACCAAUGUCGGUGGUGGCGGUGCUGCCUUUGCUGCGCCGAUGAUCAAACGCGUCCGUCAAACCUUCGAGAAAGCUAAAGCUGGCACUGGGUAUGGUCUGACCGAGACGAAUGCAGUCAGCGUCAUCAUGCCCGCAGUUUGCAUUUUGGGCGAGGGCGAUGCCAAAAUGCCCCCAGGAGGAGUCGGCGAGAUUUGCUUACGGGGGCCGGCCAUCAUGCAAGAAUACUGGAGAAAACCUGACCGAACGGCUGAAGCUUUCCAUGUGGAUGAACAUGGAGAGCUUUGGUUCCGAACUGGUGACAUUGGAGCGGUGGAUGAGGAUGACUUCGUGUACAUCAUGGACCGUGCGAAAGACAUCAUCAUUCGAGGAGGAGAGAACAUCUCAGCCAAUGAGGUGGAAACUGCACUUUACGAGCAUCCUGAUGUGGCAGAGGUGGCAGCUGUAGGGAUGCCUGACGAUGCACUGGGAGAGACUGUAGCCGCGGCCAUUGUUUUCCGGAAAGGCAAGACGCCACCCAAGGAGGAUGAGCUUCGUGCCUUCGCUGCUCAGCGGCUGCCACGCCACAUGGUUCCAAAGGAGUUCUUCUCUUGGCCGGGCGAAGCUCUUCCGAGAGGAGCCACCGAGAAGAUUCAGAAGCGUGCAAUUCGGGCUGACCUUGCGAAGCUGCGGAAGGGCCCUGAUACAGCCAGCAAGCUGUAA